AUGGGCCUGCAGAAUGACCUUGCCGUGAGGGAGAAGCCGGGUGCCGAAGCCAAGCCGUUUGGUGGUGAAUGGAAGAAGGAGUUUCUGCUUGAUCCGGAAUGGCACAACUUGAACCACGGCUCGUUUGGCACGUACCCGCGAUACGUGCGCGACAAACUCCGCGCCUACCAGGACCAGGCCGAGGCCCGUCCCGACCAGUUCAUCCGAUACGACCAGGGCAAACUGCUGGACGAGGCGCGCGAGGCCGUGGCCGAGCUGGUCAACGCGCCCCUGGACACCGUCGUCUUUGUCGGCAACGCGACCGACGGCGUCAACACCGUCCUGCGCAACCUCAAGUGGAACCCGGACGGCAGGGACGUCAUCUUCACCUUCUCCACCGUCUACGAGGCCUGCGGCAACGCGGCCGACUACCUGGUCGAGUACUUUGAGGACAGGCUCCAGCACCGGACCAUCGAGCUCGCGUACCCGCUCGAGGACGAGGACAUCGUGGCGGCGUUCCGCGGCGCCGUCGAGCAGGCUCGCCGCGACGGCAAGCGCGCGAGGGUCGCCCUCUUCGACGUCGUGUCCUCGCGGCCGGGCGUCGUGUUCCCCUGGGUCGACGUGGUCGGGGCGUGCAAGGAGCUCGGCGUCAUGUCCCUCGUCGACGGCGCCCAGGGCAUCGGCAUGGUGCACCUGGACCUCGCGGCCGCGGACCCCGACUUCUUCGUCUCCAACUGCCACAAGUGGCUGCUCGCGCCCAGGGGCUGCGCCGUCUUUUACGCGCCGCGGCGCAACCAGCACCUGCUGAGGACCACGCUGGCCACCAGCCACGGGUACGUGGCCAGGCUUGCGCGGACCAACCCCCUGCCGCCGAGCGGCAAGAGCGUCUACGUCAACAACUUUGAGUUUGUGGGCACCAGGGACAACGCGCCCUACCUCUGCGUCAGGGACGCCAUCCGGUGGCGGCGGGACGUGUGCGGCGGCGAGGACAGGAUCGUACGGUACCUGCUGGAGCUGAACAAGAAGGGCAUCAAGCUGGUCGCCGACGCCCUGGGCACCGAGCACCUCGACAACGAGAGGGGGACAAUGACCGACUGCGCCAUGGGCAACGUCGCGCUGCCCCUGUGGGUUGGCGAGAGGGGUCCCGGGGCGAAGGACACGGAUGCGCUGGUUCCGCUGGAGCACAAGGCGACCGUGUUUCAGUGGAUAGCCGAGACGCUGGUGACGGACUACAAGACCUUCAUGUCGCAGUUUAUGAUUGGCAACAGGUUCUGGAUGCGGAUUUCGGCGCAGAUUUAUCUGGACGAGAGCGAUUAUCAGCUUGCCGCGAGGAUACUGAAGGAGUUGUGCGAGAGGAUCGGCAAGGGGGACUAUCUGUGA